AUUCAUCAAAGGGCGGAAUAAUUGUCAAGGUGCUGGACGAUCACCUAACCGCCGUUGACGCCUCCUCGACUGAAAGAUUUUCAGAGCUCGAAAGCAGGAAAAACUAUACUUUAACCUUGGCAGACCUCAAGUUGACGCCAGUUCAGCUUGUUAUUGCUGCCAUCGUCUGGACCACGGCGGCUUGAGGGUCUGAUCAAGCCCCCUCUUUUUAUUACCGUCCGAUCCGGCGCAAACAUCCUCCAAAAUGGGUGGCUUAUUGCUACUUCUCGUCCUUUGCGUGGUGAUGGCUCUGGCAUCAUUUCUUGCCGGAGCCCUCCCGCUAUCGUUAACCCUGUCGCAAUCACAGCUUCGCUUGAUAUCCAGCAUUGGCGUUGGCAUACUAGUCGGAACCUCGCUGAUUGUCAUAAUACCGGAAGGAAUCGAAGCGAUAGCAUCAACCACUAUUCCAGCUCAUACAAGCUCGCAUACCCGCCGGUACGAUGUUCAUGGUCAAGCGGUGUCUCCUCGAUGGGAGGCCGCGCAUACGGUUGAAAAGCGAAGCUUGAUCGAUCUAGAGACUGGAGACAGCCCGCGCAUGCCUUUCUUUCGCAUAGGAGUUCCUAUGCCUUCCAAGUCAAAUGAGGUAGCAAAUGAAGAUGGCAAGGGUUUGCAGAAAAGAGAGGGUCUUUCCAUCGUGGUCACUCGCGAGGAUACGCCCAAGGAUGCUACCAAGCCAUCAGGCGAUGAGUCCAAAACGUCAAAAGACAAUCAACAGGCGCAGAGCGAGCGCGUGUUGCCCACUUUUUACAUUGGAUUCUCUCUGACUUUGGGCUUUAUUUUGAUGUUCCUGAUAGACCGUAUUCCUCGGCAAGCUAUGGACCAGUUUCAACCGGCUCCGACGACGAGGCACAUCAGUCUAGACAAUCUAGCAUCCUCGAGCGGAGCCGGUGAGGAAGAAUCGCAAGGGUUUCUUGGAUCUUUGGCGCCCACACCGAAGCACUCCCGGAGUCUAGCCACUACUACCGGACUUGUUAUUCACGCGGCUGCAGAUGGGAUAGCUAUGGGUGCAUCAGCCACCACAUCCAACAUGAAACUGGGGCUGAUCAUUUUCGCUGCGAUCAUGAUCCAUAAGGCUCCGGCAUCAUUCGGUCUUACGUCCGUCCUGCUCAAGCAGGGGCUAUCGAAACGCGCGGCGCGUGGCCACUUGAUAGUUUUCAGUCUUGCUGCGCCGGCCGGGGCCAUCGGUACAUACCUCCUUGUCUCCAUACUCGGUGGGCAGAACGUCGAAGGAGAGAGUGGACAGUGGUGGACUGGUAUGCUGCUCCUAUUCUCGGCAGGGACAUUUCUCUACGUUGCCAUGCACGCGAUGCAAGAGGAGAACACUGCAGCGUAUGAGCACCACGGUGGUAUGAAUGGGUAUGCGGAUAAUGGCGGUGCUCCACACAGGAAACAGAUCCGCCCACAGCUGAGAGAUACAUUGGCCACUGUAUUUGGCAUGCUCCUCCCGUUGCUUACUCAGUUUGGUCACCAUCACUGAGAUGAAAGAUGGGUAUUUCAUUUCCGGGGGUUGGGUCCCGAUUUCAUUAGUAAGAUGUAUAUACGAUCACCUAGAACAUUUGCUGCUCUCAUUUUCAAAUGUUGUCGCCUAGGUACCUAAGCAAAUAUGUAAACAAAAG